AUGAGUACCCGGAGCAUGCUCCUGCUGGUGGCUCUCCUGACUUUGGGAAGCCAGCUGCCCGUGGCCUUGGGCAAGAAGACGGGAGAGAAGCCGGGGGGCUGCCCACCAGAUGAUGGACCCUGCCUCUUGUCGGUGCCUGAUCAGUGCAUGAGUGACAGCCAGUGUCCCUCAUCUUUAAAGUGCUGCUACCGAGCUUGCUUCCGCCAGUGUGUCCCUCGGGUCUCCGUGAAGCUGGGCAGCUGCCCCGAGGACCGGCUGCGCUGCCUCAGUCCCACAAAGCACACGUGUAACCAAGACGCCGACUGCAAAGGCAGGAAGCGUUGCUGCCCCAGCGCCUGCGGCCGGGACUGCCGAGACCCCUACAAAGGUGGGGUCCAGCAGGAAGAGACGAUGAUGCGGCAGCGAUCGAUGCGGCCUCAGCCGCGGGGGACGGAGGAGCACAGGCAAGGAGGGGGCCGCGGGGCCUCCGCCGCAGCGAGCCGAGGCGCGGCAGGGCCGCCGGGGGCACAGACCAGCCCCGGCGCGACCCGCGCGCGGCUCCCCGGCUCCAGCGCCCUUGGGACCCGCACGCUGAUCUCCCUGCAGCCGAAGACAUGGACAUGA